CCUAUCUCUGAGCGACCGACAAGUACACAACAUAGUCGGUGUCUGUUCCCGCACCAUGGAUAACCUUCAACGCCGCGGGCACAAGGAACGCAGAUGGAUGUUCUGGAAGAGAAGACGUCACAUAGUGACAUUUCUCGCGUUCUUGGGGUUCUUAAACGUGAGCCAUCUCAGGUCAAACUUCAUAAACGCUCUUGGUCCCAUGAUAUCACCAUACAAUCUCACCCUGGACAACGGAACAAUUGUGGAGAAACAAGACGUCACCUGGAACUUCAUUGAAAUAUUCACCAUCUUGCGCGCCGUCACCUUCGGGAAUGCCGCCACUCAGAUUCUAGGAGGGUGGCUAGGUGCCUGUCUGGGUGGCAGUCGAGUGUUCGGUGUGGCGGUGGCCCUCUCAGCACUUCUUUCUCUUGUUACGCCUUUUCUGAUCAACAUAGGGGUUGCCAACAUAAUGAUAGCCACUAAUUUCAUUGAAGGUCUCUUUGAGGGUGUCACAUACCCGAGUAUUAUCGCCGUCUGGUCUCGAUGGGCGCCUCCCCAGGAGCGAGCUCGCCUGGUUACCAUCGCCUUCUCCGGCAGAUAUUUUGGUACCUUAGUUAACCCCCCAAUUGGCCGCCUCAUCGCCAAUACCCUUGGCUGGCCGUACAUCUUCUACAUCACAGGUAUAAUCGGGUUAAUAUGGUGUGCUGUUUGGUGGACAAUGGUGAAGGACAAACCGGAAGACGAUCCUCAAAUUUCCACAAAGGAACUAAAAUUCCUUAAAGAGAAUCUUGAUUGUGGACCUAAUGACUCUAUUCCUAAACAUAUUAUAUAUCCUUGGGGCAAGUUCGUCACGUCGAUGCCUGUAUGGGCCAUAGUUGUGGCUCACACCUGCGUGAGCACGGGCCUCACUGUGGACAGUGAGCUGAAUAUGUUCAUGAGAGAUAUAUACAACUACAAGAUGCAUGAAACCAAGCUCAUGUCGUUCCUGCCGUAUCUACUGAUGGUUGUCCUAAUGCUGGUCGCUGGAACAUUGGCUGACUGGUUGAGGAACUCAGAAGUGCUCACUACCACACAAGUGCGGAAAGUUUUCAUCUGCGGUGCCUUCAUAAUUCAGGCGAUAUUUGUGUUCCUUGCAGGACACUUACACUCCGUUAAUGCUGUGUUAAUCUCUCUGGUAAUGAUCGUAGGGCUGUCAGCGUUUCCUUGGGCUGCCUUCAGUGUAAACCACCUGGACAUAGCGCCUCAGCAUGCCAGUGUUCUAAUGGGACUUUCCAGCACAUUUUCAUGUGUUAUCAGCUUUCUGAUUCCAUUUCUUACUAGUUAUAUCGUUACAGAACGGAAAUUGGAGCAGUGGCAGUACAUGUUUUACGUAAACAUCGCUGUCUAUCUCUUGGGGGCACUCUUGUACUGGGCAUUCGCUUCAGGAGAGAGACAGCGCUGGGCUCCCCCUGCACCUACCCCAGAAUCAGAGAGCCUUUCACUCCCACAACGAAGCCAUGUCAUCUGAUUCUGUAUGAGGAAUUGUGAUUAAACUGUUCUUAUUUUUGUUACUUAAUUGAAUACAUUCUAAACUAUGUUUAGUACAUCUCCACAGUGCACAACUACUGCUUUGAAACGUUGUUGAAUAUUUUAAAGGACUGUUCUUAGAGUUCAAAAUAAAGUAAAAUACUAUGUAAAAAUAUGCCUAAAAUACUUAGUUUUUCUAACAUACACACACACAAGCUACACAGACUCUAUGUCACGUUAUAAUAGGAGACGCACAAUUGCCUUAGUUAUACUUAACUAAUGGAAAUUUUAAAAAAGAUUUACAAUAUAAAUAUCAAAUUUCUUGAAUAACAACUUAAAAACUAUAAAAUUUUAAAAUAAAAAUAAAUUAACUUCAAAACACUGUACCGUCAACUGGGGUUACUUAACUCAACUUUCUGCACUUUGUAAAGAAAAUCCUGUUUUUAAAUUAUAUACACGUACGAUAACAAAGUAAUUUCUGAUAGUAUGUUUGAAGAACUAAUCAUUAAUUAGUUUUUGAAUAUUUUUAUCACUGUUAAUCUACUAGUUAUAUUUUUAUUUAUUUUGGGGAAAAGUUACCCCAUGAGGGGGUUACUUUACUCCAAGUCUUCAACUAUAUGAAUAAGUAAGCCAAAUCAUUGUAAUGGGGUAAAGUAACAUUGUUUAAGGGUGAUAAAAUACUCCAACUCAGUUCUAAACAACUUAGGGGUUAGAAAGUAAGCCCCCAUUUUGUUCCUUAAAAAGUUCUUGACCCGUUUCUUUAAUGAGAGCGAUCUUUCAAUAGUACAUUUCAGUAAUACUGAACUAUUUAAAAAUUAAUAAUAGUUUACAAAAAUAUUAAUUGAAAAUUUGGGGGUCCAGAUCCCUUGUAUCCCCUUGCUGGCUACGUCCUUGCCGAUAUGGUAGGCCUACUGUAAAUGCCACUAUAAUGUAUGAUGCCAUAUCACAUUGUACUCUCGAACCAAGAAAUAUAUAAUUGGACAUAGAAAUUGAUUUGUCAUAAAUUGUUUCAUGCAAUAAAAAAAUUAUUAAUUUUCCUCAUUUUCUGGCCAAAUAUCUUAUAUCGAUUACCCAUUUCGAAUUAGAGUCAACAUAACCAAGACCUGAGCCUUCUAUUCCAUAAUUCUUAAAUUUCUGUAUUAAUAUCUAUAUCUAAAAAGUCAAACGCUUUUUUAAACUAAAUAAAUAGCAAGAAUUAAUGUGUGAGGACUAAUUGAAUUUGUGGUGCAGCUUAUAUGUUGUUCUGAUGCCAAGUCAGUUCCGUUACCAGGUAAGAAACUAUAUUGAUUGAAAAUAAAUUAAAGUAUUGCAAGUACUUCAGCAGUUUUCCUUAGUUUAAGUUUAAAAAAGAACUUGGCACUGGAAAGCGAUAUUGGGGGAGAUGAUGACAAAUCAUUGUAGUACACUUUCUUAUGUACAGGUAAAACUACGGCAAUUUAAAACUCAUCAAGAAAUACUCCCUGUUCGAGAGACUUUUUGUAACUACAGUAAAAUAAUAGUACAAAUAUAUCUACUGAGUUUGUUAUUACAUUGCGGAAAUAACUGAACGUUUAUUCCAUUUCAAAAUUUGUAUUUCUUGGAAGGUAGUAAAAUUUAAUUUUCAAACUAUUUUUUCAUUGUAAUUGGCUUAUUGUACAUAACUUCCUUCAGUAUUAAAUUUUCUACAAGUUUAUCUGCAAAAUUUAAUGUUCUUAUUAUCUAUUAAACAAAUUGCAUUGUACUUUAAACAUAAACAAUCGUUUUUUGAAUGCUCUUUUUGUGUUUUACAUAGUAAAUUUUAAGCAAUAAGAUAGAUUCAGUUGUGGAACAAACUUUAUUCAAUUUAUCACGUCAAAAACCAAUAGAAAAGCUGAAUUCGUCUCUAAAUCCUUCUUCCCAAACUCCCAGCAAAUGAUCAUUUAACCUCGGGUUUAUUGUGGGUGAAAUAUUUUGUCGGCCGUUACUCAGUAACAAAGCAUUUUCAAAUUUUUUUAUAUGAAUAUUUUUCAUUAUUUUUGAAAGUACAAUAAGCUCAGAAAGUGCCGGUAACUACCCGAAUCACUUUGUAUAUUAUUUUUAAUUACAAUUCUCCUUAUACCAUCCAAUCCAGAACUACUCCUAAUUUUUAUUCUAUGAAAUAUUUUAUAAACACAUAUUUCAACUAUAUCAAAUUUGUGUAAUAAAUUUGAUAUUUGAUUUGAGUGUGUGUGUGUGUGUGUGUGUGUGUGUGUGUGUGUGUGUGUGUGUGUGUGUGUGUGUGUGUGUGUGCUUGCGUGCGCACGUGGGAUAGUGUGUAUUGUGAUUAUUGGUAAUAUAUUGCAAUAUAUUUUUUAGUUGAGUUAUGUGAAUAUUACAUGUGUAGAUUGUAUAUAUUAUACAAUGCUGUAAUUCAUGCACUUUUUUGUAAUUUGAAAAUAAUGCCAGUAUACUUUAUAAUCUUUGUGUUUCAAACUGUUUUGCAUGUGAAUGGAAAUGGUUUAAGCACUUUAAAGAUUAAAUACAACCAUGUACAAUUAUAUACUUACACUACAAAUAAAGGUAAAUUAUACGUGCAAAAAAUCUUGAAUUUUAUCUCAAGAAGAUAUCUUACAUUCAAUAUAUCUUUCAUCACGAUGUUUUACACCUAAUUUCUCUUUAACAUUCGAUAUGAAUAACCUUUUAAUAAAUUUAGAAAUUAAAGACAUAUUCAAUAAAAAGAGCUUGUUGACAUUCA